AUGGCAAGCACGACACUGGGUGAAUGGCUGGCACAGGUGACACAGCUCGGAGAAGCAGAGACACACGAGCUGGUGGCGAACGGGAGCGUCGAGGUCAAUACUGAGGUGGUCAUCGAGGCUGAGCUCGGCCUUGCCAACGACGAUGUGGUGCGGGUGAGCCUGAGCCGAGCGAUGGUGGACAAGCUGAGCAGCGGGAAGGACAAGGCAUCGCUCGAAAUUAUGGGCACCAAGACGCUCGACGAUAUCAGCUGGCCCGUCGUCAUCUCGCUGGCGUACCCCAACUCGGCCUUUGUCGACUUUGCCACCAACUCGCUCAACGCCAUCUCGCUCGCCGACGGUGUCGAGGCGUUUGUGUACCCGGACGGUGUCCAUGCCGAGGGCGCUAUCCACGGCAAAGACAAUCAUCAUGUCGAGACGUGCUCGGUGUGCAUGGACGAUGUGCACGAGAUCGGCCACUUUGAGGCGCCCGGCGAUGGCGCGCUUGUCCGCCUCGCGCCAUGCGGUUGGAAGCACUACUUUCAUCGGGCGUGCAUUACACGCUGGAUCGAGUGCGGGACGCAAAAGUGCCCCGUCUGUGGUGCCAUCUGUGGCACGCUCAUCGGCAACAUGCCAGGCGGCACGUUCCGGGUCUCGCGCUACCCGCCGGGCGACAACCCGAUCUCGGGCUUUGAGUCGGACGGCACCAUCGAGAUCUCGUACUCGUUUCCGGACGGAACCCAGACCGAGGCGCACUACCACCCGGGCCGCCCGUACUACGGCACCUACCGGGCGGCUUAUCUGCCGGACACACCCGAGGGCCGCGAGGUUCUCGGCCUCCUCCGCCUCGCUUUUAUCCGCCGGCACAUGUUCACCGUCGGCACCUCGGUGACGACUGGCUGCGAGGAUUGCGUUGUCUGGGCUGGUAUCCAUGCCAAGACCAACACGUACGGCGGUGCCACCUCGUUUGGCUACCCGGACGAGACCUACUUUGAGCGGGUCAAGGCUGAGAUGGCCGACCGCGGCAUCUACCCAUCGGACCUCGCCGGCGUACCCGAGGACGAGUACUUUAAGGCCGUGGAGCUCGAGACUGUGUGAUGUGGUGCGAGUAAACAGGAAACUACGACGA